AUGAGUUCAGUCCAGUCGCUCGGCCUCCAUGAACCGAGUGGGCUGCACUACCUCAUUGCCGAAUCGAUCCUCCCGCCCGAUCCCUCACCUUCUCUCUACAAAUGGACAGUAUCUCGGGUUCGAGAUACACCCUCGUCAGGCUUUGUAGAGGAGGAGAUCCUCUAUACGGAACAUUGUGUGGUGUGGUCCCGAAAUGGAGCCAUCAAACGGGCACUGAAUCUUGAAGUCGAGGAGGAGCCCAUCCUACAGGCCUUUGUCACACAAUUCGGAUCUGCAGAAGAGCAGGAAGAAGCCGGGAAACUCGACCAAGGACGUGACGGGGUUUCAAAGCCCCCGGAACGUGGCCUGGUGAUUGUGCUGAAAACCCAAGCUCACAUAUUUCUCCUUUCGGGAGAUGGAUAUGUUCUGCCCCUCUCCUUCGAAGUUGAGUCGGCGUUCGCCUUUCCGUCUGGAUUCAUACUGCAACGGAAGUUGGGGGAAGGUGAGGCUACAGGUCAUGCUGUCUCGGUACACCAUGAUCUUAGCACCAUCAACGAGACCUUGUCCUCAAUCGGAGGCACCAGCUCCAGACCAUCGCUUGUCCUCCCGGAGAGAGAGCAUUCAACUCCGGCCCCUAUCCGGGCGAAUGCCAAUGGCAUGCCGCGUACUUUCUCCUUCACUGAAUUGAUGUCCGAGUUAGGGCUGGUGGUCUGGAGCCCAAGUCGAAAGGGUGAACCACUCGAAGAGUGCAAUGCCCUACCCAGAACAGAGAAGGUCAUUUUCGUCUCGCAGUACAACGAUCUGGAGUUGUUUCAAACUCCUUCCAGACCGGUGUGUGUGGCUUUGACGCUCAAUGAGACCAACUCGACUUUCAGUCUCUGGCAUGUUAGUUCAGAUAUAGUGGCCGAGCGUGGCGACAAGCGGAGCAAAAAAGUUGACCAUGUGCGAUCACGGGCGUCGUUAAGGAAGAGCUCAAACGUCUAUCUGCGGGAGCCUGGAGAAGCACCCCAAUCCGCACGAGGACCCGGUCAUCUCAGAGAGAGUCUUGGAGGUUCAGGGCAACAGUAUCCAGAAGUACCUCUAUUUCCCUCUGCGGAAGAACAACAAUCAUUCCCGGCAGAUCCAACAGACGAUCUCGUUUCCCGACUUGGGCCUGAGUUUGGAGACGUCGGAAUUCAGACACGGUCGGCUCGACGAGUCAGCUCUAUGUUGGCGCGGACUGACCUGGGCACUGGAGCAGAUCGGAACAUGUUCAAUGACCUUGCAAAGGGCCAUGGAGGCCGCCAGAGUCUUCAUCGCGCAGGUAGGCGAGGGGAGUCUAUUGGGAGUUUCAAUGACCGUCGAAGCUUAGGGUUUCGCCGGAGAAGCUCUUUCCAGACCACUGCAUCCAUGUUCAGUACAGCAACGUCCUACUUGGACAUCUCAGCCCAGGGGCUGUUGGAACAGUUCGACCCUUUGCGCCAAUCGACCCGCUUGGAAGAGGAAAACAUCCAUGGCUCGGAAAGUAACCUGCCGAGAGACAUUGGCUUUUUUAGGGUCAAAUCCUUCCCCCGGCGCCAGGGGUCUGAGGAAACCCAUCCCAAUGCCGAGCUCAAGGUUCUGACCUUGACUCCGCAAGCACACGACCGGAACGGAUCACGAGUGAGAGAGAUAUACAUAUGUGUAAUGGAUAAGCCACACCAAGAGUUGACACUGGUGAGAAUCCUUGUGAAGGUUGACAAUCACCGAAGCGUAACAACACGCAUCUCUUCUCCAGCAUCGUUUGAACUCAAAGCCACCGAGAUCCGAAGGUUGUCUGGCAUCAAUGAUGUGUGCAAAGUCGUCGAUGGCCAUGUCCAGCGACUCGUGGUCUUGACACAUUCUCGGUCACAACUCAUGUCUUUGCAGCUGGAAGCACCUUGGUCCCCCUCUUAUGGAGUCGAAUUGCCCUCGCGAUAUGCAAUUUUCGAUCCCUUAGUCGGCCCACAAUCCUACAGUCCGAGAAAAGACAAAGACACAGGAAGUAGGAGAAUGAUUUCCGGGGCAGAAGUACAUCUGCGUGGUCUCCUCGACUCCGGACGUCAAGCCCAAAUCUACGCCACUGAUCAAGAUCACCGUCGACAUUCAAUCCUACUUCGACUGGCACCACGAGAUCGUUUGGUCCUCGAUAUCCUCAAGAUGUCUGAACUGGUAUUGGAUGUCCACCAGAACGAGACGCUACUGGUCAGUUUCUGGGAAGUUUCGCGGUGGUUGAGAGGUCGAGACCCGCCGAUCGAUUCAGAAUGGACUGCUAUUGUCGUGGUCCUCUUCUCACUUGCUGUGCCAUUUAUCAGUAACCAAGUCUCACAUUCCACGCCGGGUCAACGACGGAAGAAGGGUCCCUUCCUUCGCUCCAGCAGUGGAAGCUCUAUUGACCUCACGAAUUAUGACGCUAUGCAUGAGGAAGAGCAUGAUAUGACUUUAAACGCUGGUAUGCAUGGCCCAGCUUGGGGCUGGCUCUUGCAACGACGGCCAGCGAGCUCAACGAUCUCACCAAAGUCGAAGCACACACGUGUUACAAGCACGUCCGCUGCCGGUGACGCAGGCAACGAGAAGAAGAAUUCAUUUGUCAUGACAUGCAUUGCCCUGGCCAGAGAAUACACACUCUCGCCCCUGGGCGAAGGUGCUCUGGGGCCUGAGGGCUAUUUACCAACUUCAAUCAAUAAAGAACGAGACCAUCGUUGCAAUGCGAUCCCAAAGAUUCUCUUAGGGUUGCAUCUCCUAUACGAAGAAAGCAAACUUGACAUCACGACACCCUUGAGAAUGGCUCGGUCACAAAGUAACCUUGUCAUGGUCAUGUCACAACUCGGCCGCUGGCUUGGAUGGAAAGAUUGGUCCUCCGACACCAACGCGUACUACGAGUUCGAAUCCUCAAGUGUCAACAAAUGUCUCUUUGACCUAUCAAUAAUCGACGGGCUCCGGAUGCCGGCCCAGCCUUUUGUCCCUCCUUCGAUCUACCAAUACCUUGAAAGUUGGAUAAAUGGAGUUACUUCCUCUCCAUUCUUGACGCUGGCCAGAAUCGCUGGUGCCGGUGAGACUAUCGAAAGCGACGAUCCACGAUGGCAACGGACUAUUGAAUUGACACCUCGGACAACAGCACUAUUCUCCUUCAUGCAGCAGGCGAAAGAUCGUCUCGGAACUGAACAGACCCUUGAGGCUAUGUUGAGGGCCGGCAUUGAUGAGCAGGUCCUGCGCGACCUGCCUGACGGCGUAGCUGCCGCCUUUCACCAAGCCAUAGCUUCCAAGUGUCACAGGAAGGAUAAAAUGGGGAAUGCUGACGGUGGCAGCGUAUUGGGGACGAGUCAAGGGCACAGCAACCACGACCAAGCGCACUAUGCACACAAGCUACAUUCUGCCUCUACUCAUGACGCGCUGAGAGACUAUCACAGCAUCUGCUCAUCUGCUCUAGAAGCUGAAGCACUUCAACGUUGGGAUGCAUCUUCUGAAGCCGACCGGAAUGCGAUUACAAAAUUGAUCUUUAGCGAGGACCGUCGCUUUCCGGAAGCUUCCAAACUUGUGAACCAGACACGAGCGCCAGUCGUUGAAUGUACACCGGAACCAGACUGGACAGAAGUCGAUCUUUUGGAAGCACAAAAGGAGUUGGCCCAACAUGUCACUCGACGGACAUUAUCUGUGGCGACCGGGAGAGGCAUGAUGCAUUUCAAUGCCCGAGUUCCGUUGCUGACUGAGAGAGUACCGAUUCCAGCAUUCAGCUUACAGUGUGUCUUGAAGCCUCGCACUACAAACGAGAGUACCCAACCUAUGACCUUCAGCGCCGACAAAGCCUCAUUCACCGAAGAGAAAGUAUGUUGGGCGUUCUUCCAUAAUGGAGCGUCGAUGGGUUUGAUGAUCUCAAACGACGCGCCAGGCAUUGAUACCUCUUGGAUCCUUUACAACAAGCCGCCGGAACUGACCAACAGACAUGCGGGUUUCCUGCUCGCUCUAGGUCUCAAUGGCCAUCUAAAGACACUUGCAAAGUGGGUGGCCUUCAAGUAUCUGACCCCUAAGCAUACCAUGACAUCCGUCGGUCUGCUCCUCGGUUUGUCCGCCUCUUUCCUGGGGACCAUGGACACCUUGAUCACGCGACUUCUUUCCGUCCACGUCACUCGACUGCUACCUCCUGGUGCUGCUGAACUAAAUCUGUCGCCAUUAACCCAGACGACCGGCAUCAUGGGCAUUGGGCUUCUCUAUCACAACUCUCAACAUCGUCGCAUGUCAGAAGUGAUGCUCUUGGAAAUCGAAAACAACGACCCUGAAGAAGGGGCUGCUUCCGAUACCGUCCUCCGCGACGAAGGGUAUCGCCUGGCUGCAGGAUUCUCCUUGGGCCUCAUCAACCUGGGUCACGGCCGACGCCUCCACGGUCUUCACGAUAUGGGCAUAACUGAACGACUGCUCACCAUUGCUGUAGGAACGAAGAAUGUGAACAUGGUUCAUGUCUUGGACCGCGCCACAGCGGGAGCGGUCAUGGCCCUCGCAUUCAUCUUCCUCAAGACAAACGACGAAAUCAUUGCCAGAAAGGUUGACAUCCCAGACACUCUUCACCAGUUCGACUAUGUCCGACCCGACAUUUUCCUUCUACGCACGCUAGCUCGCCACCUGAUCAUGUGGGAUUCAAUUAGCCCUACCCAGACCUUUAUCCAAUCCUCUCUGCCCGAGCCCUACAGACGACGUGCGGACCUCAAAUCCACGAAGACGCUCGGCACGGAAGAUCUCCCGUUCUUCAAUAUCGUGGCCGGGGUCUGUUUCGCCUUGGGACUGAGGUUUGCCGGAUCGCAGCGCCAGGAUGUUCGUGACCUGUUGGUCUCCUAUCUCGACCAAUUCCUCCGGCUGAGCCGGUUGCCGGCACACAACUACGACGCAAGGGUGACGUUGAACAGUGUCCGCAACUGUCUCGACGCGCUAGCCUUGGCCGCCGCCUCUGUCAUGGCAGGAUCCGGCGAUCUGGUCGUCAUGCGCCGGUUACGCGCUCUCCAUGGCCGCACAGACAAGGAAACACCGUACGGAAGCCAUCUGGCAGCGCACAUGGCUCUAGGCACGCUGUUUCUUGCCGGCGGGACAAGGACGUUCGGCACGUCCAAACUCGCCGUCGCCAGUCUAUGUAUCGCCUUCUACCCCGUCUUCCCCAGCGACGUCCUGGACAACCGCGCGCAUCUCCAAGCCCUGCGUCAUCUGUGGGUUCUUGCCGUCGAGGGACGAUGUCUCGUCGCUCGCGACGGCGACGCAGGGGGUUCGGUAGUCGGCGGAGUGACGGCCCUCAUCCACCUCAAAGACGGAACCACCCAAUCAAUCCGUCUCCCUGGCCUCGUACCGGAAUUUGACAUGAUCCAAUCAAUCGAAGUCAAAGGCGAAGGCUUCUGGGACGGCUGCAUCGACUUCGACUCGACCGCGGACGGGACCAAGGCGCUACGACAAAGGAUCAAGGCCGAAAAUUGCAUCAAUGUCACACUCCGUCGGCGCGCGGCUUAUGAUCGACCUUCCGAAGAUCUGUUCACGGCCGAACUACAGGCUCUCAGCGAGGCAGAGGGCAUUCCGAGUGUGGAUCCCAAUUCCGUCUCGUCGCACGCAUACGCUCAUGGCGGCGCUGCUGGCUUGAAUGCGACCGGCUCGGGGACUUCCAAGGCGGCAAAUCCUUUCGAAUGGCUGUUCGAACUGGAUUCGCUGAAGGGCUUCGAUCAUGCGGAGCGGGCGCUGGUCUUGAACCCGACGCCGAUCGGCCAAUGGAAUGCCAAUGAGCUGUUGAAGACCACCGUCGUCGAUUCGAGACUCGAGUUCGAGAAGGGCAUUCUCCCGCCAGAAGAUGGUGUCCUUUCGAGGACUUCCUCUUCAAUCUCGACAGCCGCACAACAAGUGCAGUCUCAGGUGGGUCGAGGACAAGGUCGGGGUCAGGGUCAGGGUCAGAUGCAAAAAGAUAAAUUGUGGCAACUGCGCCUGUUGUUUGCGUGGUUCGAUCGAUGGGAGAAAGAAGAUGAAGAAAUUGAACCGCAACAGCAACAAACCCACCAGGAGAACAGCACUGGUGUCCAUGGCGAUGACGAGAAAUGGUUCAACAGGUCCGGAGGCACCUGGUUGAGGAAGGAAGUCAUCGACCGUCUGAGAUGGAGGGUCUGGAACAUGGCCACUGGCGGACAGGAUCAGGAUCAGGAUGAUGCUGAUGUUGGUUUUGACACCGGGAAUGGAGUAUGA